AUGGAGACAAACAAGCAGAAGGACUUUCAGGACUCUGAGCAUGUUGAGCUCAGCCAAGAUAUCUUCUGGACGGAGGAGGAGGAGAAGAAGCUUGUUCGCAAAAUAGACCUGUGUCUACUGCCGAAUAUCUGGAUCAUGUACCUGCUCUCCUACAUGGACCGUACCAACAUUGGCAAUGCGAAGAUUGCAGGAAUGGCCGACGAUCUCCAGCUCACCUCCUCUCAGUACAGCAUUGCUCUCGUUGUCUUCUUUGUUGGAUACGUCGCCUUCGAACCACCAUCGAACAUGAUACUAGUCCGAACCCGCCCCUCCCUCUAUCUCCCUGCUAUAAUGGCCAUAUGGGGCGCUCUAACAUGCGUCAUGGCCGUUGUCAAAAGCUACCAUCACCUCAUAGUCCUUCGAAUCUUCGUCGGGGUGAUGGAAUCUGGCUUCGCCCCUGGUGUGCUCCUCAUUAUCUCAUCCUGGUACAGACGCAAUGAGCAAUCCAAGCGUUUCGCCGUCUUCAUGUCCGCAGCUAUUCUCUCCGGGGCCUUUGGCAGUCUUAUCGCCGGUGCCAUCACUGGAGGCUUGGAGGGCUCUCGCGGUAUUCGUGGGUGGCGCUGGCUGUUUAUCGUCGAGGGGGCUAUUACGGCUGGGUGGGCAAUCAUCGCCAAAUUCCUGCUUCUUGAUUUCCCAGCUACAUCGAGCCAGCUUAGCGAGAGGGAGAGAGAAAUAGCCGUUGCCAGGUUGCAGGCAGAUACUGUGGUUGUCAGACGUGGCGACGAGAAGAUUGGAACUACGCAGUCUUUCCUGCUGGCUAUUAGAGACUGGCGAACCUGGGGGUUCAUUGUUGGCUAUAUGGUCAUUGUAGGCUCCUCCACCCUGACCUACUUCUAUCCAACACUCGUCGCUGGCCUCGGCUACAGCGACCCUGUUCAAGCCCAAUACAUGACCGUCCCCAUCUACGCCGUAGCUUUCGUUUGUACCGGCAUAACAAGUCUCUUCGCCGAUAAACUCUCCAACACCCGGGGCAUCAUCAUCGCCACCUGGCUCGCCUUCUCAAUGACGAUGUCCAUCGCAGUCUGCACAGUCUACAACUUCCUCACCCGGUAUAUCCUGCUCGUCCUCAUGGCUGCAGGGCUCUGGGCAUCCAACGCCGUCUCGCUGAGCUUUGCGUCCUCGGCAUUUGGGACCAUGGAUGCAGAGGUCCGCGCUGUGGCGCUGGCGCUGGUCAAUGCGCUCGGUAAUCUGGCGCAGAUAUAUGGCGCGUACCUGUUUCCUGAUGAUGAUGCGCCGAAGUAUCUCAUGGGCUUUGGUGUGAUUUCUGGUAUGUUGGGGGUGGGGGUUUGUGUUUAUGCUGUCAUGCAUGUUCUUCUGAGGCGUUAG